GCAAGUUGUUUGAAUAGAACAAUAGCUUCCGAUGUGUACGGCAGUUGCACCAAAGUUUAACGAGAUGAAUCCUCCAUCUUGUCCCCCUUUACCAACGGAAAGAAAUCGAGAUCAAGAAGAGUUCAUCAAGUUCUAUAUGUUGAACAAGAUGACUUGCAACUACUUAGUUGCUCUUGGCUUAACGAUAGCGGCUGAAAACUUUAGGCAGACUGUGAACCUAAACCGCCUACGGUGCCUGACUUCAGCUCCCGUGGUGGAUGAAUUGCUUCAGCAUGUGGCCGUGCAGCAGCAGCCCAACAUUGAAGCACAAUUGUUUCCCACCUUGGCUGAUGCCGUAAAAAAUGGUACCACAACUACAAUUAAUGCUGCAGCCACCUCUGCAAUUGACUCAGCCACUGUUCCUAGCUGUGCCGGCCCUCCUCCCAAUAUUGCUCCAACAUUGCCUUUGGCUGGUCCAAGGAUUGUAUACGAUGGCCUUCCCAAUAGUAUUGCCCCAAAAUGGCCUUUGGUUGGUCCAAGAAUUCUUAAUCAUGGAGCAAGUCUUGGAAACACUUCCAUGGGAUGCCAUUUUCCAAUUGUAGCAGCACAACAACAUACAAAAUUCUUUUGUGCAAACACGAUUCCGACUCCAAGAGCAGCGAGGAUCAUUGGCAAUACAUCUAUUAUGAGGUAUCAGCAGCUACAACAACGUCAGCAUCGGCAUAAAAUACUAUCGCAGCGAAAUCUUGCAGCUGUGGUGCAAAAUCACACAGCAAUCCAGGGUAGCAAGCGCGCUCGACCUGACACAUUUUCCACCGCAGGAUCUAGCACAAACCGACCACGAACAGCUGCCAUAUCAAGUCCUAGCGCAUCUGCUAUUAUCGCUGGUUGCACAACCGACUUAUCUGACACAUGUCAUAUCUCUAGUCCCACAACAUCUGAUCAAGUCGCAGGUUGCGCAUCUCACAUUGGCAGGUUGCACAUCUCAUGACAUGAUAAUUCGUUCCAUACAUU